AUGGCCGCAACACGCCUCACCUUCCGCAAAGCGACCGUCUCCGACGCGCGGGACGUCCAAGCCCUCGUCAAGACCGCCUACCGCGGCAGCUCCAGCGGCGGCUGGACCACCGAGGCCGACCUCGUGCGCGACGACCGCAUCGACGAGGCCGGCGUCGUGGACAAGAUCAACCGCCCGAACGGGGUGGUCCUCCUCGCGCACGACGGGCUCGGCGCCCUCGCCGGCUGCUGCGAAAUCGAGACGCGGGCCGACGGCGUGGGCUACUUCGGCCUGUUUGCCGUGGACCCGCUCCGGCAGGCCGGCGGGCUGGGCAGCAGGAUCCUCGCGCGGGCGGAGGCCAUGGCGCGGGAGGAGAUGGGCGUGCGGACCAUGGAGAUGUCUGUCAUUUGGCUGCGGGACGAGCUGAUAGAGUGGUACGUGCGCAGGGGCUACGGGCUGACGGAUCGGACGGCGCCGUUUCCGUACGGCAGCCUCGUCAACGGGAGGGCGUUGAGGGAUGAUUUGUACUUUGUCAUUUUGCAAAAGGACUUGUUGUGA